AUCAUUUUUGUCCCUCUUGACCUACCAUACCUCACUCAGUGUGACAUCACCAUUUUGUUGUCUGAGUCAGCUUCAAGCUGACAGAGUCCUAAAACAGGAAGAUUCUCACUGACGGGCUGGAUUGCAGAAGCUUACAGAGAUCUAAAAAGAACCUCCUGUUAUAUUGAGGGAUCCAUCUGAGCAGUAAGAGCUUCCUGUUAAGGGAGACAAAAUGUUGAACUGAGCAGGAAAUUACUCUCUUACUGACUUCCUUGUUUCAGCUAAAACCAGAUCUGUUAUCAUGGCUAAUGUGAAACCAUGCCGAAACGAGUAUACCCAGGAAACUGUACGCCUCUCCUUAGCAGGACAACGUUUUGAUGAUCCGAAGAAAACGCAGUCGGAGAAUCAAAUGUGAUCCUGUUGACUUCUUUUCUCUGCCCAAAACCACUUGGCACCUACGCCUUAGAAUGAAUAAUACAGGACAGGAAAAUCAAGGGACAGGACUGAGAGAGGUAUUUGACAUUCUGGUCAAGCUACCUUCAGAGCGAUUGCUCAGCCUGACUAUCCAGCUCGGUGAGUCUCCUGAAGACACGAUCAUACACGCUUUGUGUCUGACCAUCGCCCAAAAAGAGGCUGAGGCCCUGAGGAAGCUCCAGAUUCUGGAGGACAACCCCCUCGCUAACCAUCUGGCUGAAAAGUGGCGCUCGGGUGGAGGUAAAUUAGUUGAUUUUGGAGCUCAUUGUAGUCAAUUUAAAGCCAAGACAGGAGAAUCUCUUAUAUCGCUGGCUCGAAUUUUUAAAGUUUUGUCUGAAAAAAGGUUGUGCGAUCCAAUUCUAAGGAACCUGGCUUAUAAGAGAGCCAUUUCCAGUGAAUCCUUGAAGACAAACUACUGUGGUUAUCUGGAAUAUAAUCACUUUAGAGAAGAAGCUGAAGCUGUAUGUGGGCCUCAAUUUGCAGACUUGAUGUGCUCCUCCUCUGAUCUCAAAUCAGAAUCUUCCCUCGAUUCAAACAGAACCCUGAAUGAGCAAAAUGCUGUGUCUCGGGGUGAGUCUACAAACAUUCACUGCCUUCCCAGCCCUUUGCAGGAGAGUCCCUCUGAGGCUUCAUACCCGUCUCAUCUUGAGAUAAGUCCUCCUGUAACAGUGUCUUUUCAAGGGGACAAAGCAGCUGCAGAAACAUCAGGAAACCCAAACGUCCCAGCACAAAUUCAGUCAAGAGAGCUUCAGCACACCUCAGCUGGAACGUCACUGUUUGGAGCAGAAAAAGACAUUAGGACAGAUGAAGCAUCAACAAAGCAUAAAUUGCAAAUUAACGAGAGUGGAGUCCAAUCGUACAGACCCAACACUGAGACCAAAUCAAUCCUACCGUCUGCUACACACAUUAAUCUGCCAAACACCUCUGGUCCAAAGAGCACACAUCAAAGCAGAGAAGCUGGGGAAGAAGAGGAGGAAGAGGAAAUAUUUUAUGCAUUUGUCAUCUUGCAUGCUCCAGAAGAUGAAGAUAUGGCAGAAAGCAUGAAGGAAAAACUUGAGGCGGUCAUCGGUACCACAGGGGCAACUUUCUCAGAGGAGUUUGCUACCCUAGGAAAGAGCACUCUGAAUUGCGUGGAGGACGCCAUUAACAACUCUGCCUUCACCUUCCUGCUGCUUACACGCAACUUCAACUCACAAAUGAUACAAUUGGAGACCAACAUUGCUCUCAUCAACUCUAUAAACAAGAAACACAAAUUUAACACCGUUAUCCCCCUGUUGCCUCUGGACAACUGCAUGCCCAAACAGAGAAUGCCCCUCACUCUGCAGACGUUGGUGCCGCUGGACGAGAAGAAAAACUUUACGCGAAAACUCAAAAAGUGUUUUGAUAAAGCAAAGAUUGAAAAACAGAGAAGGAUCUGGACUGAGGAGCAGAGAGUGAGGAGGCAGGAAAAAGAGGGGCUAAAUCGUUGCAUGGAGCAACAGCUUGUUCUUGAAGCCAGUGUACGACGAGAGCAGGACCCUGGUGAUCCAAGGCCUUGGCCUGUACUGCCAGGGUCAAACAUUCACAUUAAUAAUGCAAACUACGUUAUGAUCGGGAAUGAAUCUAAAAUGACUGUGGGUGUAGGGGCAAGUGCUGACAAAGAUGAUCUGAGUUAAAGAAAGAAAGAGGUUUUAACACUAAAAAUGUUAAAAUUGGAACAGAUGUGUGGUUUUCACUGCAAAUUACUACUGCAUUCAAACUUGCAUACAAAUGAAGUCAAUAAAAGGGUUAAAUCAGCAGUUCUAUAUUCUACAUAAAUGUUAGGACACAUUUUGAAUGAAGCAGAUGUUAAUCUUUAAAUAUAGGAAAAGACUGUCACCUACUGACUAAAAUUGGAUCUACAGUCUCAGAUCCACUCAAUUGUACGAACUCUGUUUGGACGCUAGGGGGCUCUACUGUCAAACUUUUCUCAUUGCCUUUCACAGGAUGAAUUACCCUAAUAAUGUCCUUCUAUUUUUGGUAGAGAACAUAUUGUUUGCAAAUUAAAUGUUUACAAAAAGAGCCCGGGGAAGUUUUGCUUUGUCAAGUUUGCUUUGAAGGGGCAACAGUUUGACACAUCUGUAACUAGAUAAUACCUGUUUUGAUCUGUGAUCCAGUCGUGUUUUAGUGGAAAGUGGUUCCAGAUUUUAGGUAAAUUCUAACAACUACUGUGCAAUCAAUGACCCACACAUGUCUGCAGACAUUAGCAGGAAUAUUGCAAUGCAGUAAUCGCAAUCUCUUAUGUUGCUAAGAACCAUGUCUCUUUUUACAUACUUUUAUUUGCCCCGGAAGUUCUAUUAGAUUAUAAAUCUGUUUUACAUAGGAGAUCCUAGAAUCCCCACAAAAUAUUUUUAUCUGCAUCCGGACAUAUAGUCAAAAUCAUCAAUUAAAAGACAGGAUUAAUAACAUUUUGCAUUAAUAACUCUGAACCCGGCCUUCAGACUCAGAAAGCUGGGGUCAGUCGGUCAGUGAUGAAUGCGUGCCUGGAGGGGAUAAGUCAGGGAAGAAGGAACAUCUCCAUCUGACAGAUCAACAUAGGUCCAGAUCUGCUUUAACCCCCAGAAAGAAAGAAAAAGUGAUACGUUGGUAUUUUAUAUAUUUUUAAAGAAAUUAUUGCUGCUGAAAUCAGAAUUUGUUUGAUAUAACAAGAUUUAAUUGGUGUCAUUUGUCACCAACUUGCAAAUAAAAAGAAAAGUAUUCAGACUUCUUCUGACACAGACAAAAAGAUUAAACGCUCAACAUAUGUUUGAUAUAGGACAGGAGUAAUACUACACCAUGUUAUGGAGGGAACAAAACACAUUAGAUAGGCACACCUGCAUAACAAAAAUCCCUAAUAAGCGUGUGGAGAAUCAAAACUCUUAUCUCCAUUUCAGCUGUUUUAAAUUCCUCUAUGAGCCUUGUAAUUAUUCUGAAUUGCAGGAAGACUGAUCCUGUCACCCGUCUGGAUGUGGCCAUUCAUUCCAGUAUCUGAGAAUGUUCCACAGUUUGAAUAAGAGUGAAGCUGCAGCUCUCUUCUAAAGAGAUCUGAGAAACUGUGUUGUGUACUAAUACGUGUAAGGGCUAUUGCGAGAGAAAAUCAAUAUAUUCAAGCAUCGAAGCAUGGUGGUGGUAACCUCAUGGUAUGAAGGUAACUCCUAUUACCUGUAUAUUUUAGGAUCCAGUUAAAGUUAUUUUAUUGUUUGCUUUUAAAUCUCUUAAUGGGUUGUCCCCCCCUUACUUCUCUGAGCUCCUACAGCUACAUAUACCUGCCCACUCCGUUAGGUCUGCUGACCAGCAGUUCCCUAAAGUGCCAAAAACUAAGCAUAAACCUAGAGGUCGCCACGCUUUUUCUGUAGUUGGUCCAAAAAUGUGGACUAAGCUGCUGUCACAUGUUAGAUAGGCCUCAUCGCUCUGCGAGUUUUAAAGCUUUAAAACACACCUAUUUGCAAAAGCGUUUUGUAUUUCCUUUAGAGGUUGGCUUUAAUUUUCUUUUUUUCCUUUUUAAUUGAUCUUAAUUCCUAGGGUGUACAUUCUAACUUGCCUGUUUUUAACCUGUCUUUUUCCUGUAUGUUUUAUUUGCAAUAUUUGCAGCACUUUGUGAACCUUGGUUUGUCUUAAAGUGUUUUACAAAUAAAGAUGUUAUGGUACUAAA